CGCUAAACAGAAGGCACACGAAAUGGCGUCUGCUGCAGAUUACAGUACUUACAGUCAGGCUGGAGGCCAGCAGGGGUACAGCUCCUACACGGCCCAGCCCUCACAGGGUUACGGACAGAACACCCAGCAGUCAUAUGGGCAACAACAAGGAUAUAGUUCAUACAGCCAGCCGGCAGAUUCAACCUACUCCCAAACUGGUAGCUCCUCAAGCAAUUAUGGUCAGCAACCCUAUGGAUCAUCCUAUGGACAGCAACCACCAGCUAGUGCUGGUUAUAAUGCUGCUCCAGCUGCAGCCCAGAGCUACAGUCAACCUGUUCAGAGUUAUGGAGCCGGAAGCUAUGAUUCCUCCUCCACAGCUGCUGCCUCAACCACAAGCAGCAACCAGACAUCAUAUGGUGGGCAGGCCAGCUAUGGGUCUCAGUCUGCGUAUCCUGGAUAUGGACAACAGCCUGCUUCAGCUGCACCUCCUAGCAGUUACAGUUCUAGCAGCCAGCAGCCUUCUGGAUAUGAGCAGAACUCCUAUUCCCAGCAGUCCCAGCAAAGCUCUUACUCCCAGCAGCCGCAACAGGGGGGAUAUCAGGGGCAGCAAGGAGGAUAUGGACAGCAGAGCUCCUACAGCCAGCAGGGAGGGUAUCAACAAGCUCCUCCCCAGCAACAACAGGCUCCGCCUUCCAGCUAUGCUCCUCCUUCUGGGUCUUAUGGACAGCCCCCUGCUAGCCAAUAUGGACAGCAGGGAAGCACAGCAGGAGGCUACGGCAAAUCAGAUUACAAACCACCCAGCCAGUAUGGUAAUUACAGACAGGACCACCAGAAUGGCAUGGGAGGAGGUUACUCAGGCUCUGAGUCUGGAGGAUAUGGGGGCCCUGGAGAGGGCCGUGGCAUGGGAGGGGGGGAGAACCGCGGACGCGGCCGGGGUGGGUUUGACCGGGGGAUGAUGCGAGGAGGUGGUGGAAUGCGAGGGGGCAUGAACCGAGGAGGCAUGGGCAUCGCUGGAGACAGAGGUGGCUUCAUUAAGCCUGGUGGACCUGAUUCUGAAAUGGGACGACCAGAGGAACAAGAUGACUCAGAAAACAGCACCAUUUACAUCACCGGACUGACUGAGAACGCUACCGUGGAUGAAAUGGCCGAGUUUUUCAAGCACAGUGGAAUCAUUAGGAUAAACAAACGAACAGGCCUGCCUGCCAUCAACAUAUACACAGACAAAGACACAGGGAAACCCAAAGGUGAUGCCACACUAUCCUAUGAGGAGCCUCCAUCCGCUAAGGCAGCAGUGGAGUGGUUUGAUGGCAAAGAAUUCCAGGCCAAGAAACUAAAGGUCUCCAUGGCUCGGCGGAAGCCUAUGAUGGGAAUGAUGCGUGGAGGCAUGUCCAUGAGGGGAGACCGAGGUGGCAUGAUGGGACGAGGAGGAAUGAUGAGUCGUGGAAUGGGUAGAGGUGGUGAUCGAGGUGGGUUCAUGCCUCGUGGUGGUCCCAGGGGAAUGGGCCGCGGGGGACCGACUGGAGGUAACAUGCAACAGAGGGCUGGAGACUGGCAGUGUCCAAACGCGGGAUGUGGGAACCAGAACUUUGCCUGGAGGAUGGAGUGUAACCAGUGCAAGGCACCCAGACCUGAAGGCUUUGGACCUCCACCCUUCCCUCCUCCAGGAGGUGAGCGGGGUCGGGGUGGCCCGGGUGGCAUGCGCGGGGGCCGUGGAAUGGACCGCGGAGGUCCCGGAGGCUUCCGUGGCGGCAGAGGUAUGGACCGUGGAGGCUUCAGAGGACGGGGCAUGGACCGAGGAGGAUUUGGUGGAAGGGGUCGUGGUGGGCCUCCAGAUGAUAUGGGAAGGAGGGGGCGAGGAAUGGGACCACCUGGUAAAAUGGAUAUGAAGGGAGAUCAUCGUCAGGAGCGGAGAGAGAGACCAUAUUAAAAGAAGCCUUGCUGACCAUAAACCCCCACUCUUUGUUUUUCAAAUGGUUUUAAAGUUGUAGUUCCAUAUUUAUAAAUGGUUAGUAUGGAACUAAUUACUGCUCUGCUAUUAGUCCUCAGUAAAUGUUUUAUUUUUUUUACUUGUGUUUUGUGCUUUUUGUUCUAGUCAGUAAAUGAGAUGCACAUGUUGUAAAUGCAGAGUGUUCAGUGUGCCAUUUGAAGUUGUCUAAAUGUAUUUGUAGUUUUUAAUCCCAAUGCACAUAAUUUGCUUUACCCUUCUUCCCUGUGUUUUCAAAUGUUGAAUAAAAAACAUGAAAAACA